AUGCCUGUUUUAACUAAAGAUCAGAUUCGUCACGAAGUCAUCAACUUGCAGAAAACGCUCAAACUACUCGAACGGACUUACGAUGAAGAGGACUGGACAAGGUGUUCGUCUAAGGAGCGGAAUACUAAAUGGCUAAAGGCUCAAUCUAUACUCACUGUCCGUUAUUUUUUAACGCCGCUUAGGUACCGGUGCUUGGCUGAUGGUGGACAACAAUUUUACGACGAAACAAAGUCGCUACUCGAUCGCCUAGAACGGGAAUUACUUGAAAUCAAUGAGGACUUGAAACCACGACCACAUCUACCGAACCCCAUCCUUCCUACCCUCCCCAGGCCUUCCCUUCUAUCGCAACAAGCCGAUUCCGCGGAGGACGAGAAGCUACGAUUGGCCGCAAACGAAGUGCUAAUGCAUGUCGACGUCUCGGAAUUGAACGGCCAAGACACUGUGCCCCCGUCGACAUUAUCAAUGGAACCCCAAAUAUCUACCGAGGACGAAGACUUCCUCCCCGAUACGCUCCCAAACAAGCUUAGCAACCCUUCAACAACUCUAAUCCCUCCCGCCCUCCCCUCAACAUCCACUUCCACAGACUCAACUUCCCGUCCAGCCGGAUCAAUCACAGGUGGUCCAUUACAAACUUCAACAGCACUCCAUGAAGAACUCUCCAAUCAACUCGCUCAAAUGGCUACUCAACUCCGUCGAAAUGCAGAACAAUUCGGCGAAGCACUUGCGAGUGAUGAGGGUGUUGUGAAGGAGACUCAGGAGAAACUUGAAAGGAAUUACGAUGAGGUGUCGAAGGAACGCGUUCGAUUGCGAGAUCAUUCUGCGAAGAGUAGUGGGACGACGUGUUUUGUGUUUUUGGCUGUUAUAGCUGUCGUUACUGCGUUCUUUAUGACGUUCCUUGUCAUUCGAGUUACUUGA